AUGUCGGCUGUGAUCGACGUGGAGUCCAUUCUAACGGCAUCAGUCGAGAGGCCUGGAGACUUACUCGGCCCGCCACACAGCAUAUCCUUCGCUAUGCUGGGCUUUGAACUUUUCCCGACUUGGACCUUUGUGUUGCUGGGUCGUGGGGAGUCUGGCACGGCAUGGGUCGUCAUAGUGGGUGGCAACGAUGACAAGACAACAUCCUCCUCACCGCUUCAUGAAAUCAAGACUGAGAAUAACCGAGAGGUAGAGGAAACUGAUGAAGAGGAGUGUGAAGGAUCAGAUCCAGAUGAUCCUUUACAACCAGCUACUCAAUACACAAGUUCACACUCUGAGUACGAGACUGAUGACAGCAGAAAUUGGGAGAAACCUGAUUCAAACCCUCUGCAAGACAAUGAAGUACCCGGAAGUGGCAUUGAGGGUGAACAUGGGUGUGCUAGAAGCUUUGUGCAUGAGGGGAAUCUGCAGAAACACACUGGAGAGACACUUUAUAGUUGCACCUUCUGUGAUUUCAUAUCUGUGAAAAGGUCAGGUUUGAUCAAACACCUCAAAGUUCAUAGUGAAGCAAAACCUCAAAGCUGCUCAGUUUGUCAACAAACAUUUAAAAGGAGAAGUGAGUUGGUGUCGCAACACUUGUUCCUCCACACAGGGGAGAAACCAUUCAGUUGUCAUGUUUGUGGUAAAGGUUUCGCAUACAAGUCUAUUCUGAAUAGACACUAUACUGUCCACACAGGGGAGAGACGAGUCAGCUGCUCAGUUUGUAGUAAAACAUUUGCAACAGUAGGCAAUCUGAGAACACACCUGAUCCUCCACACAGGGGAGAAACCAUUCAAGUGUAAGGUUUGUGGUAAAAGAUUUGCUGACAGUUCGAAUCUGAAAAAACACUCAACUGCCCACGAUGGAGAGAAACCAUUCAAUUGCACAGUUUGUGAUAAAAGUUUCACAUACAAGUCAAUUCUGAAUAAACACCUGCACCUCCACACAGGGGAGAAAGAAUUCAGCUGUUCAGUUUGUAGUAAAACAUUUGCAACACGUGGCAAUCUGGGACAACACUCAACUGUCCACUCCGGGGAGAAACCGUUCAGUUGUACGCUUUGUAGUAAAUCCUUCACCCACAAAUCAAGUCUUAGAAAACACUUGAUUGUCCACACGGGGGAGAAACCAUUCAGUUGUUCACUUUGUGGAAAACACUUUGCCCAAAUGACAAAUCUGACACACCACUCAAUUGUCCACUCCGGCCAGAAACCAUUCAGUUGUACGGUUUGUGGGAAAGGCUUCUCCCACAGGUCCAAUCUGAGACAACAUGCAACUGUCCACACCGAGGAGAAACCAUACAGCUGCUCAGUUUGCAAGACAGGUUUCACUCGGGUGUUCAAUUUAAAUAAACACAAGUGUGCUGGUGAGAGAAGCAACAUAGAGUGAAGUUGCAGAGAUGUUUUUCACGUUUUUUUGCUGCAGAUAUGUUUAAUAGAGUGGUGUAGUGUAGAGUCCUAAAACCCCGAAGUGAGUUAGCAUUUUACCACUUCCUGUUCCCUCGUCUCAGAGCCAAUGAGUUUUUUGAACUAUUUUUUGGAAAA